GGCAAACACUCUGUUCUCCUCUCUCGGCUGUUCCGCGCUUCUUCUUCUCGGUGCUGGGAAAACUUCUCGGUGCAGGCUGCUUGUCUUCUCGCCCCUGCCUUCUGUCCUGCAGAAAACCGGGAGGGCAGGACACUCGGAGGAGGAAGGACAGCCUUCGAAGGGGACGAGGAAAGCGCCGAGGUAGCCUCCAGCAGGCAGAGCGCCCUCCCUCGGAGCGCCAGACGCUUUUACCAAGUUGCGAUUGCCCCCUGGGGCUGCUGUGAGCCGAGCUCAGCGCACGUUCCUGUGGAUCUACCCUGCUAGAAAACGCGAGCCCCGCCGCGGUUCCUGCAAGCCCCGUGAAGAGGCUCUCGGAGUCACCCACUCGCACCCCGCACCGGGCUCCCGCAGCUCCGGUGCCUUUUGCCCGGAUCUCCGUCCCUCCCCCACACUCAGGCCGCCGUUGCCGCCGGACCCCCUCCCCUCCCCCCUCCCGGUUCGGCGCCCCCCUACUCCCCAAUCCCGGCCCUCUGGCCCGGGCUCUCCACGGCCAGCCUGCGCUCCUGGCGCCCUCAUGUCUUCAAGGGACUGCCAGCGCGGUUUGACGUGGUGUCUCGUUCGGAUCUCCAGGCAAGACCUCGGCAGCAUCAGACAGGCCCGCCUCGCACUCGCAGCCACCGCGCCCCGAGGAGGUGCAGAGUGAGGCGACCGCCUCGGAGCCACCCGCAGCGCCCGGGGCCCCGUGCUGCUCCAGCCCAGAGCGAGCGCCGCGCGCGCAGCCGUGCCACUCCUCAGCCAAGGCAGGGGCGGCUGCUCAGACUUAGUCUUCUUGGGGUCCAGGAGGCCGGUGUGCGAGGUGUCGGCAGCCUUCGCCCUCCUCGCGGCGGCGGCGGCGGCGGCUGGCACGGUGGCCGCCGCCUCCUGCGUGUCCUCGCUGCCCGGCGCGACCCCUGGAUUGCGUGCUCUUGCUCCCGACCUUCUGGGCGGGGCCCCGCGCUCCUGCCCGAGGUCCGGAUGGGUCUCCUGGAUGGGAUUCGGGCCACUUGGAGUUAAUGUCCAACUGGGGGUCUACGGAGACCGGAUCCGAGGUGCCGCCGCCGGACGGGACUCUAAGAUGAAGUUAUGGGAUGUCGUGGCUGUCUGCCUGGUGUUGCUCCACACCGCGUCUGCCUUCCCGCUGCCCGCCGGUAAGAGGCUUCUCGAAGCGCCCGCUGAAGACCACUCCCUCGGCCACCGCCGCGUGCCCUUCGCGCUGACCAGUGACUCCAAUAUGCCUGAAGAUUAUCCUGACCAGUUUGAUGACGUCAUGGAUUUUAUUCAAGCCACCAUUAAAAGACUGAAAAGGUCACCAGAUAAACAAGCGGCAGCGCUUCCUCGAAGAGAGAGGAAUCGGCAGGCUGCAGCUGCCAGCCCAGAGAAUUCCAGAGGGAAAGGUCGCAGAGGCCAGAGGGGCAAAAAUCGGGGGUGCGUUUUAACUGCCAUACACUUAAAUGUCACUGACUUGGGUUUGGGCUAUGAAACCAAGGAGGAACUGAUCUUUCGAUAUUGCAGCGGUUCCUGUGAAUCGGCCGAGACAAUGUAUGACAAAAUACUAAAAAACCUGUCUCGGAGUAGAAGGCUAACAAGUGACAAAGUAGGCCAGGCAUGUUGCAGGCCGGUCGCCUUCGACGACGACCUGUCGUUUUUAGAUGACAACCUGGUUUACCAUAUUCUAAGAAAGCAUUCCGCUAAACGGUGUGGAUGUAUCUGACCCCGGCUCCAGAGACUGCUGUGUAUUGCAUUCCUGCUACAGUGCGAAGAAAGGGACCAAGGUUCCCAGGAAAUGUUUGCCCAGAGUGGAAGAUAAGGACCAAGAUGGCGGAGGCAGAGGCAGAAGAAGAGAAAAAGAAGGAGGAAGGUAGCCACCGUGGGAGCCUGGUGGAAGAAGGCCCAGCUACAGAAAACUGGAUAGGAGUGAGAACAGCCGUCUGAGCACUUCAGGGUGGCAGCUGAUGUCACCAGAAGCUCAGGGCUGGUGUCCUUACUUAGCUGUUGCCAGUGUUUAUCUGAUACAGUCCAUGGUCACCGAUGGCGGUCCGAGUCGUGGAUGCAUGCAAAGAACCAAGCCAGUGUAUCUCCUGUGGUUUGUUUUCACGUGUUUGAAGACGCCAGGGAAAUGUGACGAUUCCGGUGUCACCUCUUGUCACUACAUUUUACUGCUGAAAAUAAGAAAGAUGUAUUUUCCUGUCACUCAAUGGAUUCAUACCCUGGAAAGGAAAGGGGGUGGGGAGGACAAAGGCAGAGACGAUAAAAAGAUGACAACCUUUGAAUUUGAAAACCGGGGCCUGAGGUCUAUUACAUCCAGCAUUUUGGGGGACGCUUGGUGGUUGAUUCUGGACACAGAGUGUGGGGGUAUGGAGAAGUUGGCUAGGAACCCAAAAAAGGCUGUCCUCAUACUUAGAAACAAACCUGGAGGCAUCUCCUUCGUGCCCUCAGAAACAGGAAGCAAGUUGUGGUUUUCGGCAGCAUUCUCAUAGGAGAGCCAAUGGGGAAAGCCCCCAGCUGCCCCGGCCAGGGAGACCCCGGGGCCUGUUGGUUUACAAAGACGGAUGUUACAUACACAGCUCCGUUCAUGCGUGGUCACCAGUGACCACAGAAGCUCCUCGAUGCAAUGCAUCUGUUUCAAAUACAGAGAUAUAGAGAAGAUAUUUAUUGAGAUUUUAAGUUAUUAUUAUUUAUUACCAUUCACUAAUGAAUAUCUUUUUUCUUCCCUUAUUUAUUAAAGUCUCUUUUCAAAGGUGCCAAAGUAUAUGUGCUCACAAAAUACAAAGGUGACAGAGGAAAUAUUAACAUUGAGAACAAGGGUCCAUUCUCUUCAGAGUAUAAGAGGGUUUUUGCUAGGCAAAAAAUCACUUACUUUAUAAGGCAGUCCUUCACUAACUGCCACAGAUUUCAGCAUUUCCCUCCCCCUCUUUCUGUGGACAGGAUCUCCUGUAGCCUAGGCUGACCUUGAACUUACUGCUUGGUCAAGGACGACCUUGGCCUUCUGAUCCUCUGACUUCCUGUGGUCUUGGCAUGGCAGACAUCAAUCACACCGUAUCCACAGGACUAAGUAUAGAAUUCAGGGCUUCAUCCAUGCCAGGCAACUGUAGGUACCAACUGGGUUACACCCAGCCCCUGCUUUCUAUCUGCUAAAGGAAAGGGUCAGGAGGGCCAUCUCAGCUCCACCCCCUCACUGGGAGUACCAGUGGGACUGCCACCUGUUUGCAUCUCCUCUUCUAUCCAUCUGAGCAGCAAGGCCCCAGCUCCACUGCCCAUUGAGUUCAACUCUUUUUCCCCCUUCAUCAUGGGCAAUAUCAUAACCACGCAUUCAGAAGGCUGAACUGCCCUUGGAAGCCCUGAACAUAUUGUCACCUGAAAGUGCAAUGAAGGCCCCUGACAGGCAGCCAGGGUUUAACAGCCCCCUCACCCCCCCGGGCAGGUGGUACCUCUUCCUCUAUCCUUGCCCACCUGCUUCGUCCCUAUGGUUACACAGACAGGAGAACAUAGGGGAACUGUGCAGGGAGAGGCCAUCUGCCUUGUCCUUUGCCAGGGCUCAGUUGUCACCUGGGCUCAACUUUUGCUACCCCCUCAAACCCAAUGGAUUCCAAGGAGAAAGAUGGACAGGAAGAGACAUCUGACUGGCCAUAGAACAAAGAAGAGGCCCUCCCUCAUUGUUUGGAGGGAAGAAGCAGAGGGUGGGAAUGGCAACUCUCCCUGCACCCCAUAAUGUCCUUGUCUGGCAGCCAACAAACAGGUCAUGCCUUGAGUCCUAUGUUAGAGCCUUGAGUCCUAUGUUACAGAUUUCAUAAAUGGAAUUUUUAUGUAGAAGUUAAUGUAUCACUCCCUUUGUGGCUGCUAUCCCCCGCCCCCAGAGUAGGACAGAUAGAUCUAAAAUAAUAAAUGACCAAUUAAUUGGCCUCUCUCGAAUAGUCAUGUCAAAUUUUCAAAGUAACCAAGAGGUAAAAGUUACUAGGUAUCCUUUCCCCUUCCGUGGCCCUAAAGACCCACGUUUCGCAUGGUUCCACACCCUCUGCAGGACUGGGAAGUGGAGCUACGUAUGCGCUGCUCUCUCCGCUCCUCCUGCUCAAAAUUGUGACAACCUCAGCUGCCCAGCACAUUUCAGAUGUCGUUCCAGACCCUCUGUUCACUCCAGAGAAUCCUGAAAGAUGUGGUAGCUGAUGCUCCCAGGUCCAGACACAGCCUCUAGCUCUUGGGGGAAUCCCUGGAGAACUCAGCAUCUCGAGCAGGUUCGAAUGGGAGCAGGCUGCCCCACCCAGUCCGCAGCAGGGUAAAGUUUGCGACGGUUCUUUACUGUUGUGAUCAGCAUCUGCCCCAGUAAAGAGCACACUUCUUUGGAAGUUCUGACCUCUCUGAUGUCUCGGUCGUUUGUGUUAUACAACCAAAGUUCUCUACAAACUUUAUUUUUGUACAAUAUCAUUUUGUAACUUUUUACAAAUAAAAGCUCAUUUCUAUUGCU